AAAACAGUCAAAACUAUUUGUUUAUCUUCAAAUUUUACUGUCUACAGGUUUCCAACCAAAAAAGUUCAAAUCUUUUUUCACUCGAUUCCUGCUGAACCUGUUUUGCUCCGCACCGUUUUGCAUCGUCUCUCCUUGCGCGUUAUAUCCUCCUCCCCUUCCUUGUGUGUACGUAUAUCUUUCCGCCCCUGGAGAGCGCAUGUGCCUCAUCCCUGCCGCAGUGUGUCUACAUUAAAUUUGGACUGCCGAGAUGUGUGCCAGCGCUAUCGCCUGUUAGUCCUGGUAGAUGUUGGGCCGACAGUUGAUCGGAUUCCAGACGGGGCUGUAUAAAAAAUGAUGGACACCUGGUUCGGUGUCUUGUUAUGUCUUUUGCUGGCGUCCGGGUCGGUGGCGGAGGCUGUCAGAGCCGAUCAGAUAGUGCUGGUGAUAUUGAGAGGAGUGACGGGACUGCCCGUGUCGGAAUUGCGUCGUGAAAUCACCCGCCAGUUUGAUGACUCGGGCCCUGCUGUCGAGCCGUUUAUUCACGUCAUCCCCGGUGACUUGGACGUCAAAGGAGAGUGGACCCUUCUGCCUCUUUUUCCAAAGAUAGUGGAGGUGCAUCCGAAUGCGACUUGGUUAAUUAUCUUGCAGGAGUCUACCCGAAUCAAUUGGUCCGAAUUGGUCGAUUUGACGCAGGGCUUCGAUCCCGACAAAGAAUGGUUCAUCGGUCGCCAAUUGUACGACAGGGAGCCGACAAUCGUCCACCAUUUUGCGUUUCAUCACGAUCCGUCAGCAUUCAAAUAUCCGCUCGCUGAGGCCGGCAUCAUUCUCUCUUGGCCAACUGUCAAAAGGGUUCAAUCCAGGAUAACUCGCCAACAGCUGCCGAGGGACUUCUCCAUCGAUGCUCAACACGAGCUGGCCGUCUACUUAAUGGACGGUGUCAAUAUGACUCACUUGCCGGCCUUGUGCCUCCGCCCAGCUCCCAACUGUGCCACUUGGAUUCAGCCCUUUGAGCCCUGCGCGACGGACGUAGAUUCUGGCGAUUUGUUCUUCGCCGUCAAGACCUGGUCAAAGUUCCACACCGACCGGGUGCCCGUCGUGCAGAGAACCUGGGCCCGCCGUGCUCAACGACUCGUCUUCUACAGCGACGUCGCAGACGAGAGGAUCCCGACCGUGUCGCUGGGCGUUCCCAACGCGGAGAGCGGCCACUGCUUGAAGACGUUGGCCAUAAUUGACCACCUGGAUGAAUGGAUAGCCUCCACCUCGGCGGCAGGGCUGGAUACCAGUCCCGGCUGGUAUGUCAUAGCCGAUGAUGAUUCCAUAAUAGGGGUUCGAAAGUUGCAGGAAUUCCUGAGCUGCCACGAUCCGUCGCAGCCUCUCCUUAUCGGCCAAAGGUACGGCUACGCCAGUGGCCAUAAUUACGGAUACGAUUACAUCACGGGUGGCGGUGGCAUGGUGCUGAGUCGACCCGCCGUUCAGUUGAUUGCCGGCCGAUGCCGGUGUCCCGGACCCGAUACUCCCGACGAUAUGUGGCUGGGCGCGUGCGGCGAAUCCCUAGGGAUUUCCAUCGUGCACUUUCCCGGAUUCCACCAGGCCAGACCGGAUGAUUACCCGCCGGAAUUACUGCAGACUCAAUUUGUCGUCUCAUUCCACAAGCACUGGAUGAUCGAUCCGCUGCAAGUCUACGAAAAAUGGUUCGCCGACGAGGACGAUUGGUCGAUCAAAUCACCUGUGGACGAAGCCGGCAAUCAGCAGACGGACUGUUCGGUGAUGGAUCCGUCACGGAACUGCCACCACGUGAAGCAACAGCCAGCAGCAGCAGCAGCAGCCGCAGCCGCAGCCCAACUCUUUCAAACCGCCAAGAAUUCCGGUUUGAAGGAGAGAAUACCUGACGAAUUGUGACAUAUCUCUCUCUCUCGCUCUCCUUUUGAUUUCGUGCAAUAGCUUUUUUGGGUGGUGGUGGAUGACGUCAUUUUGUCUUUCACAGUGGUGCAUCUCUUUCGACUUGACCUUGUGUAUUUUCUGUUGCCAAAACUAAGCCAAAACUAAUUCUUCAGAUCAGAGAAAAGGUUUGGGUGGGAUUUUGUUUUUCCAAAAACCAGCUAAGAGACUAAAAAUGCUUUGAAUGCCAAUUGUGCUGGGGUUUUUUGCGGGUAAAUAAUAUUCAAAUUUGCCUUGUUGCGUCAUACGAGAGAAAUAAUUAAAAAAAAAGCUCAGGUUGCAACUCGCUCGGGUAAUGUGAAUUGACUUUUGGGCUAAUAGUUGGCCCGGCAUCUUUAGCCGCGUGCCGGAUCAAGUUUACCACAUUAGAGCCUUUUUCUUUCUUUUCUUUUCUUUCAACAUGUUGCUACUUCUGGUUUAGGUUCACUCUGCCCAUGUUUUUAUUUUAUUUGUGUGUGUUUGUGUGUGUGUGCUUGUGCAUGUCCUCGUCCUUUUAACUCUUUGAGAGAACAUGAAAAGACUCCCUAAAACACUCCGACCUAUUUUUAUAUGGUAUAUAUACGCCAACGUUAAAUUACACAACAACAACCACCGGUCGGUCGCAAGCUCUUACCUGAAAUUUACCGAGACGGCCAGCAGCAGCAGCUACAGUUUUAACCAUAUCUUUAUAAAUUUUAUUUUUCAGCUCUUGACUGCUCUUGCUUCAUUUUACGCUAAUAAAAAAACGAGUUAAAAAUAAACGUGUUUCUUUUUUCUU